CUGUUCAUUCCUAAUUGCCUAUCUUCCCCGAUCAUUCAGCACCACAGUGGAGGAGAAAAUAAAUUUCCUUAUAAGACCUAAUUUCCUUAUAAACCCUAUAUUUUCUAAAACCCUAACUUCGUUCUUGCUUCGUCGGCGAUCGGUUACUGCUUCUUUGUUAUAAAUAUCUGCCUCUACGAUUGAUUCCAAAGAUCUGCACUUUUGCUUUCUUAGAAGUUUCCCUGAAGAGUUCCUGGAGUCUCGGAAUCUGAUGUUUGUCCAACAUAGACACUUAUUAAUUUAGGCAUGCCUCUUACUGUUUGUGCUCUCACUGUCAUUAGGAUUCUUAACUUGGCUUUCAUGUGUGGUUGCUCUAUACUUAUUUCAUAUAUUACUUCAUUCUCUGCGCGUGCAACUCAAAAGGUUUGGAGAAAUUAAUGCAAUGGCAACCAGUAGUAAAUUCAGGCUCUCUUCUGGUAGCCCCGAUAGGCCAUCUUACCCUACUGGACAGCGUGGAGCCUAUGGUUCUUCAUUGGACAAGUCAGGCAACUUCCAUGAGAGCAUGGAAAAUCGCAUCCCGCCAGCACUUCCAAGCAUGUCGAGAAGUGGUUCAUCAGUCACUCAAUUUGAUAUAAUUAAUUUUUUCCAAUGCUUGCAUCUGGAUACAAAACUGAUGGCUGUGGACCAUAGGUUCCCUCGACAAUUUGAACUAAAGAGAAUUCUAGUUGCUGCCACUGCCAGUAGUGAUUCUCCAUCUAUCUCUUUAAGUAGCAAGGUGGCUGCGAUAGAGGAUCUUAAACGAGCUAAGAUUAUUCUAAAUGAGACCAGUAUGAGAGCAAGGGAUAGAGGAAGAAACUUGAAUGAUGCCAUAUCCAAAUUUGGGAAGUUUUUCCAAAGCACUCUGGUAAGGAAGAGAACACGAGCAGAUGCUUCAUCAAGUGACAGGCCAAAUGCCUCAAUACCAAGUGAACGACCAGUUCUUGGAGGAAGCAUGGCUAACAUGGGGUCUCAUAGUCAUAUGAUCUCAAAACCUUUUGAUGUAGAGCCACAAAAGUUGGAAGAGAAGCUUAAAAAUGGUCUACCCAAUAAACGUGUCAGAACAUCUAUGGUGGAUGUACGGGCUAAUACUCUUGGAGUGCCAUCUGGGGCAAUGGAUAGGGAUAGAGAAAUGUUCAGAGCUGCAAAUUGUAGUGCAGUUCCAUCUGAAGAAAAGGGUCAGGCUUUAGCCAUUGGUGUGGAUGGUUGGGAAAAGCCAAAAAUGAGGAAGAAGCGGUCUGGGAUAAAGUCAGAUGUUUGUGCUAGCACAAUGUUGACAAGACCUCUUGAUGGUGAUCGGGAAUCUAAAUGUGGUAUGCAGCAAAGGCAUGUCACAGAUGCCCGAACAAGGUUGAUCAGACCAAGCGCUGGUGGAAUUGGAAAAUUUGAUAUGUCUUCUCAACAAAAUGGCCUUGGAAUGCGCUCUUCCACCCCUAGGAUUGACCAAGACAAUGGCUCUGCUGUUAAUGACAGAAGAGAUCGUCCAGUUGGUUCAGAUAAGGAACGUGUCAAUCUUAAGGCUGUUAACAGGCCAAUCAGCCGUGAAGAUACUAUUUGUUCAGUGAGUCCUACCUCAACCAUAAAAGUAAAUACAUCUGCUCGGGCACAAAGAUUUAGUUCAAGCACAAUACCCAAGUCAUCUCCAAGUGCCCACAAGGUAGGAUCUUCUGAUGAUUAUCAACUUUCCCAAUGCAUGAACAAGGUCCAGGAUGUUGCUGGGAGUAACAGUCGCAAACAUACACCACCAACACCAUCUUCAUCACCACCUGUGACACAGUGGGCUGGGCAAAGACCCCAAAAGAUAUCACGUAUGGCAAGAAGAACAAAUUUUGUUCAUCCCAUGUCAAGCCAGGAUGACAACCUGGCUUCUGAUAUAGUAUCUCAUGUUGCUGGUACUGAAAAUGGGUUUGGAGUCCCAAGGUGCUUGUCUAGUAAGGCUCAUCAACAGGUUAAAUUAAAAGGUGAACAUUUGUCUUCAGUUGCAUUGCCAGAAAUUGAGGAGUCAGGAGCUGCUGAAAUUAAGUCCAAAGACAAAUGCAAGAAGUCUUGUAAUAUGAAUGAGAAAGUUGGACAGAGCAUUCAAAGGGUUGCCAGUCUAGUAUUUUCAUCAAGAAAGAACAAGAUAUCUGCUGAUGAAGAUCUUGGAGAUGGUGUUCGGAGAUUGGGAAGGUCUGGACGUGGUUUCACUUCCACAAGGUCUGGGAUGCCAACAACUAUGGAUAAGCUCAACAAUGUGGCUACAGCAAAACAGCUCAGAAGCGCAAGACUUGGUCUUGAUAAGGGUGAAAGUAAAGCAGGUCGUCCAGCAACUAGGAAGCCGUCUAAUUACAAGGCUUAUACACGUCCCAAACAUGCAAUGAAUAGUGGAAUAGCAGAUAUUCUUGAACCAGGUGAUGGCCAUAAAGAGCUCUUGGCUGCUGCAAAUGCUGCUAUAACUCCCACUCAUGCUUGCUCCAACUCAUUUUGGAUGCAAAUGGAGCAAGUCUUUGGUUUUAUUUCAGAUGAAGAUAUAGCCUAUUUAAAGCAACAGAUUUGCCUUGUAGAUGAACCAUUGGAGAAUAUUGACGUUAAAUGCUGCAGUACCACUAACCUUAAGGGAAAUGUUGGUUCUAAUUCACUGUUACCAAUGGUAGGCGCUAGUGGAAGAGAUGAUUGUAGUACUGUUCCCAUCAGAAAUGGGUUGGUUGAUUCUAAUAGAAAUUUGGAGAUUGCUAGUAAAGGAAAGGAUGCUGAAUUUUUUGACGAGCAUUUGGUACCAGGAAUAAGGGUUCAUAAUACAGUGCCAUUAGCCCAAAGACUUAUUGCGGCUCUAAUUCCAGAGGAAGACAAUAAUGAAUUUUUUCCUGAAUGUGAUGAAGACGUAAAGUUUGAUAUAUGUGGAACUGGUUUUGAGUUGCCAACUUCGGGGUUGAAGUCCAAUAGUUUGAAUCACCUCACACUUGAGAGUUUUCUGACAGUUGGACAAACUGCUUCAAAUGCUUAUAGGACAACAUCCUCCUGGAGAGUCCUUGAUGAGAUUGAACAUGAUGAGUUGGAAAAUGAUGGUGUAGUGGCAGAUGCAAAUACUGGGAUGAACUCGAACUUUGUGUAUUCCUUAAAUGGAUUUCAUCCAGACCAAUCAGUGAUUGCUACUAUGGCUUGCACUGAGUCUCAAUAUGAUCAGUUGUCCAUCGAUGAAAGAAUUCUCCUAGAGCUCCAGAGUAUUGGAAUUCUUCCAGAAGCACUGCCUGACUUAGAACAGAGUGAAGAUGAAGAGAUCAAUGAAGAAAUUAGCGGUCUCAGGGAGAAGCUUCAAGAACAGGUUCUUAAGAAAAGGAGAUUAUUAUGUAACCUGGAGAAGUCUGUUACAGAGGCAAGGGAAUCUCAACAAAGGGAAAUUGAAUUAAAUGCCGUCAACAAACUUGUUGAAAUCGCUUAUGAAAAUUAUAUGACAUAUUGUGCUCCUAAUAUCUCUAGUGGAAAGAGUGCAAACAGCAAAUGGGCCAAGCGUGCCACUUUAGCUUUUGUGAGACGAACACUAGAACGGUGUCAUAAGUUUGAAGAUACAGGCGAGAGCUGCUUUAAUGGGCCAUUAUUCAGGGAUUUGUUUCUUUCUGUUUCUUCCUGCCAUAAUGAAUCAGAGUGUUUAGAUACAACCAUAACUGAAGGGGAAUCUGCUAGUACUGACAUUUCUACCCGUUCGUUGGAUGCUAGGGUUUCAGCUUCCAUGAACUCACAUCAAACUGCUCCUGUGAUUUCACGGUCGGGGCAGAACAUAGAUAUGCCUGAGAAGCAUUCUUCUAAUGCCUUCCAUCUAGUAAAUCACUUAUCUGAGCCAACUACUGGUAAGGAGGGUAAUUGGUCAAAUAGAGCGAAGAAAAAGGAGUUGUUGCUUGAUGAUGUUGUUGGUGGGACAAUUGGUACUUCUCUGAGAAACAUUUCAGGAUUUGGGGGUUCUCUUUUAAGUGGUACAAAAGGAAAGAGGAGUGAAAGAGAUCGAGAGGGAAAAGGGCAUAAAAGAGAGGUGCUUUCAAGAAAUUGCACUCCUAAAAUUGGUCGGCCAGCUUUAGGCAAUGUCAAGGGUGAAAGGAAGUCUAAAACAAAGCCUAAGCAGAAGACAACCCAAUUAUCUGCUUCUGUAAAAGCAAUGCCGCCUCCGGUCCCAAAGUCACGUAAGGUGGCUAAUGAUGGUAAUAUGAAUGGGAAAGAUGUAUUGAGUUUGGAUAUGUUGAAUGACACUGAGGCUAUUGAUUUAUCCAGCCUGCAACUACCUGGAAUGGAUGUACUAGGUGUUCCAGAUGAUCUUGACGGGCAAGGCCAAGAUCUUAGUUCAUGGUUAAACAUUGAUGAUGAUGGAUUGCAAGACCAUGACUGUAUGGGCCUUGAAAUUCCAAUGGAUGACCUUUCUGAAUUAAACAUGAUGGUUUAAGAUUGCUCUCUCUGUAUAUUUUGUUCAUUUAUAGAAGUUAAGCUAUAAAAGUAAAACCGAAUUAGACAAGGCUGAUUGCAUGGAUAAGUAGGUUAUGGAUCUGAGGAUUUGUGGAGGUACAUUUUGGAGCAAAAAUUGUCUUUGGAUGUGCUCCUCUUGUAACACGUUGGUAAAUUUUAGUUGUAAAGAUCUUUCUUCUUGAUCCACAAGCUAGCUAAACCCUAAGGUCAACAUUUAUAGGCACAAUCUCCUGAUUAUUGUUUGACAGAACUGGGGUAUAAGGCCAUUUGUACAUACAUUUUAUUUUUUUAAUAAAUAGGGCAUCAAAUUUGAUGCAAUAAUUUAUUGCAUGUGAAAUCCAAUGUUGGUUUCUGCCUUGUCCUGUCUGUCUGGAAUGUGACCGUUAAUGGAAAUGUUUUGUUACUUGCUA